AUGAUGAACUCAGAGGGUGAUAGACUGAUGUUUAAUUUCUUCAAGGACUUUAUUCAAGAUAUUAGUGAGAAUAUUGCGUGGAAGGAAGCUUUGAACAGAUUGAACGGUUUGGAUGUUAUUUCAAGCUUUCUGGCCAUUCCAGCUUUCGAGGGGCAGCAGAAUCCUGACUUGUGGGACUCUUACUUCAGUUUUCUCUCUCCUCUCAUCUCCUUCAUCACUGGGGACUCUCUUAAUAUUCUAACGAAUGUUAUCAAGCUUGAACCUUUGCUACCCUGUCUUCAGAACGUUUUCCUCCUCCAGAACCAGGAUGACAAGGGCAGGGACUGCCUGUGUACCUGCCUGCAGCUGUUAAGUAAGCUGGUCAGCUUAGAUAAAGCUCUUGUUCCUUUAAACAUUACCCCUGAACACGCACGAACUGUAUUCAUGAAAGAGUUUGGAGAAUGUAGCGCGAGCAAAGUUAAAUGUACGCUAGCUGUAGAACUCGUAUCUUACCUACACGUCCUCUCAACAUCCUUCAGGGCUGAUAGCAGUAGCUGGAGCAAAGUUGAGAAUGAACUCUUGGAGAGUGAAGAUGUUAUUGCCUCUGUCAAGGAAGCGCUGACCGCCACCGAUCUAGAUCCAGAAGUUGCAGGAAAAGCUCUUAAAAUCAUCUCAGCCAACACAGAUAAGUUUCUCCCCAAGCAUAGAGAAGCUAAACCUCAACUGUACGAAGAACGCCAUCGUAUGAAUGUGGAUGGAGUUGAUCCUCUGAGGCUGGAGUCCUUGAUGGAGGACCUCCGACUAGCGACCUCAACCCGAGUCGGAGACUCCGAUGAGAGGAUUCUAUCCCAAGCGCUUCAGCUUCAGCUUAGCCUAGGGCAGAGGGAACAGACCCAGAUCAAGGUUCUGAGGUCCAGUCUUGAAGCUUCUAAUGAGAGUGCCCGGAACUUGACCCUUGUCGUGAGUUCUUUAAGCCAGGAGUUGGAGGAGGUUAAGUUGAUGCUGAAUCUAGUUUCUGCCAGGUAUAGCGCAGGACAGGAGGAGCUUGCUUCUAUCAGAACGCAGCAGUUGACCUACACCAAGGACACAGACUUUAAGAUAGAGGAACUCACUAGAGAGCUUAGCAGAACCAAACAGCAUAUGCAGAAAGAGAUUGAAAACUCUGCCGCUAGGAUUGCUGAGGAGCAGGAGAAUAACAAGAAAAUGUUGGAGAAAAUGCGCAAAGAGCGUGAUCAGCUGAUGACUGAGAGUGAUCAAAAAUUGGCGGAACUCAAGGCGGCUCUGACAAAGAGUCAUGACAAGUUGAGGAAGACGAUGAAGCUGCUAGAGGAGGAGCAGGCUAGGCGGGAGGUUGUUGAGAAGAAGAACGAGAAACUGGAGAAGCGAGAGCAGAGCCUUGACACCCUCACUAGGAACCAGGAGGAGGCACUCAACAAGAAGGAGAAACUGCUACAAGAUGCUCAAAGAGAGUUGCACGAGUUAAAAACUAUCAGAGACGCCAUCUUUAAUUUGUCUAAAGCUGGGCCAUCUGCUCCGGGAUCUACGUAAAUUCACGCGGCAUUUUCGUGGAUUUACUAUCUUCUCGUGGCAUUUUCGUAGAUUUACUAUCUUCUAUUAUAUAUUAUGCUUAUGGAAAUCAUUACUCUUAUAGAAACAAUUAAACGAUGACGCUUA